GCCCAGCGCCGCGCCGCUCUCUUUUGUUUCUUGUAAAUAACACCGCUCCUGCAGCCGAAGCUGCUUUCAUCGAGCUGCAAGCUUCCCGCUGUCUCCCAAUUGCAUUUGUCUAAAGCUGCUCGCACCCAACCGCCUCCCUACCUACGUAACAUACAUACCACGUAUCCGUACCUUGCUGUCCCACCUUGCGGAGCGCCAUAAUCGUCCGCAGCAACCCGUCCAGAUUUCUGUUACCAGCCGCUUCCACCCCACAGUUGGUUCCGAAAGAGGGCAGAGGAUGGGAAUCAAACAACCACGCUCCGGGCGGAACCCGGGCCGUCUGUUCUUGAUACUUGCAUGGACAUCGGCAGUAUGCGCCAGCAUGCAGCCGUUCCGGCCCGUCGAGACGGCAGCGCCUGUCGCAAAACGCCAGGAGUCGGCAUGCCUCGCCAACUUCUUCAGCUGCGCCGACCAGGGCCCCGCGUUUGACGGCGUCUGCUGCCAGAACGGACAACGAUGCGCUCUCGACGCCAACGAUAGCCCGGCCUGCUGCCCCACCAACGCCGUCUGCACCGGCACCGCGCCGGACAACUUCGUACCCCCCGACGCGGCCGCCACCACCGCCGCCUCCUACGUUCCGAACGUCUUCUUCUCCUUCCCCUACAUCGCCACCUACUUCGCCAACCCGGGCCACUGCUCCGCGGCCAUCAGCCAAUGCAACGCAAACCACGCGGCCUGCACCUCGCAGCUGGCGGGCCAGGAUGGCUCGGGGGCCGGGUACGCCGUUACCGUCGUGGUCCCAGGAGGCGGCGGGACGACCGUGGCGGCCGGGGAUGGGAUCAGUGUCGCCGCUGCCGCCGCUACCAGUAUCUGCAAUAGCCUGUCCAGCGAGGCCUGCGGCGGCCUUCGACCCAGCAUGUGCACCAUGUCCGGCACCUCUACCGAUGGCUUCUACUUUGGCACGGGUGAGGGCAACGCAGCAACGAGACCAACGGGGGUGGCAGCAUGCGCCGGGCUGGUUGGCGCCGUUGCCGCUGGAGUGGCUGGACUAGGGAUCUUGUGAGCAGCCGAUUUGCGUCAAAGGGGUGGCUACCUGUUUUGUGUCUUGUUGCUUUACGUUGGCCGUUCUCACCGGCUAUGGUCGGUUUG